CGUACGCUGUGUUUAUUAUUUUUUUUAUGAAUAAUAGUGUAUUCCUAAAGUUUACUAUAUUUUAGUGAUCAGUAAAAAUGUCACAUGAAAUGGAAGUGACUGUGGAAUCACCAGAAAAUAUUGAUGUUGAUCGAAGUGUGAAAUGUACCGAUACAAAUUAUUUUACCAGUGGAAUUACUGAUGUGCAGUGCACUAAUUUUAGCUUUCGAAACAAAUCUUCUAAUAAUGCUAGUUCGUUUAGAAUUGAGGCCAUAUUGGCCAGUGCUAGUGAUACCAAAAAUGAAUCCUCGAAUACAAUGAGCAAAGAUUUUAAACUGGAUGCUUUCUUAAAUGAUGAGUCACAUUCAGGACCUCUGUCAUCCGAUUCUUCCGGUUCUAGUCCCAGUAUAAGCCCUGGCUGUGAAAAUCAAGAACAUUACAAAGAUGAUUUGGAUACAAACGAUGCAGAAAGAGAUGUUAAUAGCUACCACGGAUUCCCUCCAUACUACAACCUAUCAAAUUCUGCCUUCAUGUUUUGUUCAAACAACAGUAUGUCCGGACGAAACGAUUCCGAGAUGAAAUAUCCCUUGGAAGAUAUUAGAGGCCAGUUAAACUUUCCGCAGUUACCUCAGCUGGAAUUCUUGAGGCAACCGUACUUGUAUUAUCCCAGGCUCACGGAAAUGGAGAUAUCAGGACAGCACACUGUAUACGGCAAGAAUCGACGACCUCGUACAGCAUUCACAUCUCAACAAUUGCUAGAAUUGGAGAAGCAAUUCAAAGUCAGCAAGUAUUUGUCAAGACCAAAGCGAUAUGAAGUUGCAAACAACUUGCUGCUAUCUGAAACACAGGUAAAAAUAUGGUUUCAAAACCGGAGGAUGAAAUGGAAAAGAUCUAAAAAGAUAAAUGAUUCAAAGAAGCUUGCUCACAAUACCACAUCUGUUUUAAACAACACACAAUAUACCGAAGUCAAAAAGAUCAAUCCCGAAAAUAUUAUCCAAUCUAAUGCUGAAAGCCCUCAAUCUAAUACUGAUCAUCCACAGACUAAUAGUAGCCUUACAAGUCAACCAAAACAAGCUGUUCCGACAAACUAUGUAAAGCACGAUAGAUGUACAAAUGGCAAUUCUAUAUUAGCUAAACAGUCUGUGCUUCGGUUAGACCAAGAAAAAUGCAAUGUAUUCAAACCAUACAUAACGUAAAACCGGA